AUGGAUUUCCAAUCUCCUUACCUGAUUUCCAAAGUCCAACUGGCGACAGGCUUGGCGCGGCGGAGGGGGGAGGCUCGGAGCGGCGGAGAGGGAGGCUUGGGCGCUCUUCGCGGCGAAGAGGGAGGCUCGGCACGGCGGCAGGCUCGUCCUCUGCCCUUCUCGCCGGUCGCCAGAGGUAGGGGAGGUCGAGCACAGGCGGCGGCGGCGUUCUCUUGA